CUUGGGCACCAGUUGCUGACCAAUUGUGAAGAUCAUGCAAGAGUGCGUGACGUCUUUGUCAUCUGGAUCGAAUUGUCUCCGGGAAUUUGCGGAAUGAGAAUUUUAGCUCAGCUCCAGCCUUACUAUGUCUAGAAUGUCUCACGGAUACUAUACCUCCUCAGGAUCUCUUUCGGCUCGAGUCGCCUCUGUUGCAAGCUCAGAGUUCUCGCUUCAUCUCUGUGCCGUAAUGCUCUGCCUGUUGCUGCCUCAGCCUUGAGUUCUGUAAGAGUCUUCGUCUUCACCAUGGCGUUCGAGAGAGAGAACGCAGAAUUAAACAUACCCUCCGUUCAGGAGAUUCGUGAAAUGUUAUCAGUGUCUGCAGUGAGUAGAUUAAGCGCUUACUCUCAAGCAGAGGAGCUGGAUAUGACUACAAUGAUAGAGCUCGCAGCCAGAGGAUACUUCAUCGAGAAGCUGCAAUUGAUGAUAGAGCUUGAUCUGAACGAUCAAAUAAGCGAGGACUCUGAGGUAAUCGGUCUCGGUAGAGCUUUCCAGCAACGAGCUUUUCUGGGUCUUGAAAUCUUGGCCUUGUCAGAUAAUAAAGUAGAUGAGAUUGCGAUGACACAGUUGCUCAAAGCGGUUCAAAUGGGGAACUUGUCCAACUUGAGAGAGCUCCAUCUCUACAACAGUGAAUUGUAUUUGGCAGGUGCCGACCUGCUAGCUGAAGCCCUCAAGUCUGGACACUUAUCGAAGCUUGAGUUACUUGAUAUGUCUCACAACAAUAUCGGGGAUAGAGGCUUGAUUGCGAUUGCAGAUGCCCUGUCAUCCGGGCAAGUACCAGAGCUGAACGCUUUUUCUAUAGGAGAGAAGCCUCAAGGUAAAGGAUUCCACUCGAAAGGAGCAGAGGCUGUGGCAAGCAUGUUAAAAUCAGGACAGUUACCGCGGCUGGAGGUUUUGAGACUGUGUCGAGUCGUCGAAGAGCAGGGGAUGAUUGCCAUCAUACAAGCUCUGGAGUCGGGACUGACGGGAGACUUUAAGGCCCUUGAUCUCUUUAUGUGUGAAAUCGGACUGGAAGCAUCUAAGUCUCUUGCGAAAACGCUUCGGUCAUCGAGUUUCAUGUCCCUGUCACUGCUUUGUGUCUGUGACAGUCCUUCAAUGGGUGACGAAGGAGUUUCGCUUGUUUUAGAUGCUCUGAGCUCGGGAAACACAAGUAAUUUGAAGACUUUGCAGCUGAGUAACGUACAGAUGAGAGAUGAAGGAUGGGCAAAGAUGGCAGGGCUACUAGAAGCAGGGCACCUCCCUCAUCUUGUGUGCUUAAAUGGUAAGGAUGAUGCGCCUUUGUCCGAAACUAGUGCUCAAGCAUUGGCAAAGGCUUAUCAAACCAAUAAUUCUUUGAACGUUCAAUUGUCUGUUGUGUGGCCCAAUAGAAGUAUCCAGACUCAGGUGAGGAAGCUUCAACGUAGGAACAGUUAUAGAUUAAAUAUAGCUGAAUAGAACAUUAAUCUUUGCAUGCAGGCUUUGAUGCACAUUGGCAAUAGACCGAAUCGAUUACCAGUCAUUCAUUCUGAGGCAUUCUGCACUCGAUUGGCUAAUGCUUACCAAAACAUCACUACUUUCUUCGAAUUAUUCAUAAUCAUGUAGGAAGCCUUGUAUUGGACUGAUUUGUUCCGCUCGACAAGCUUAAACAACUUGCAAUAUA